AUUGUACCUUUGUCAAGGUCCCUCGUUUGGAUAUACUGCUUGUCGCUUCGAGUGUGCUGAGCCUGCCUCCAGUACUCACCCUACGUAUCCGAUACUCCUCCAAGCAGUCGACACACCUCAGACAUCAUGGCACCGAUACCAAUCGACCUCCUGGACGAGACGCGAGCACAGCUCAUGCGCCGACAGUCGGUCAACUUCCCCGAAAAGACCAUCAUCGGCCUCAUCGCCGGCAUCGCUACGUUCUUGGUCAUCUUCUUCGCCGCCCUCGGUAUCUGGCUGUACUUCUAUUUCAAGCCAACAAAGGGUUGUGGCCAUGCCGCCGAGCCCUUCGACGACUCGGCAACUCUCAGCGGCGUAACGCUCGCCUCACGGUUUAGCAGCGACUCCAUCAUGAAGGAAAAGGAGAAGCCGGUCGACUUCAUGACCUACCACGAGACCAUGCUUCCGAGUCGAAUGGCGUCAGACGAAACCGUCAUGACCUUGGACCACGCACCUGCGACCCCUGAGCCGACAGUCGAGAGUCCGCACCAUUUCAGACGGUACUCCAUGCGAGAGGCCGUUGCUGUCAGGCUCGAGCCUGUGACGGGAAUGGUUCGCAAGCACGAGGGAUAGAUUCCCGCGUCUUCAAAGCCUUCACACUCACCAACUCUCCUGACCCCUCGACCGGACCUACUGCUGCUCUCCAUCUCCUAGCCGCGGCACCCAAAAUCUUUUCUGUACAUAUUGUUUUGCAUGCGACGUGCGACAUGAUACCUGUUUGACGCAUCAGUCCUGUGACGAUUGAUAUGACUUUUUCUGGCGCGGAGCAUAUGGGCGUUUCUUUUAUGAUCUGAGCGGAUUUGGCUCAUGGGGCAUGAUAUUACGGUUGCAUGAUACCAACGGACAUAGCUUAACGCAGCAUAUAUGAAC